AUGACAAACUUGUCCAGAAUUCCUCCUACAUCGGUCCUAAUCGGAGUUGCUCUUUUAGCACUGUUCACUGGCAAUGCUAAAAUAAUCGCAACUCGCUCUCUUCAAUCCACACAACUUCAAACAGGUUCUGAUAAUAACAAUGAUCGUAUUUCAAGAGAAGCUUCUGCAUAUCACAGGUUCUUGCGGCCAAGCAGCACUAAUGGUGUUUUAAGACAAAGUCCUGCAGGUCCAAAUCCAAUCCAUGAUAAUACUGUUCAUCGCAUUCUAAGAGAAAGUCCUGGAGGUCCAGAUCCAAUCCAUGAUGAUAAUGUUUUAAGAUCUAACAUCGUUGAUUCUAUUCUAAGAGAAAGUCCAGGAGGUCCAGAUCCUAUUCAUCACUUUUCUUUUGAAAGAAGUAAAAUUAAUCAUGUUUUAGAAAAGAAUGUGGAUAGUUCAAAGCCAAAUCACCACAGUUCUAUUCAUCAUCCUUUCUUACAGCCCAAUGUCAAUCAAAUUGCAAGAGAGAACCAUGGUGGUUCAGAUCAAAUCCGUGACAAAUCUAUCUAUUCAUGA